AGCGCCUAGCGCGGAACGGGUGGGGAGAGGCCCCGGUCCGGGCGGGCCAUGGCCAGCACCGGCAGCCCCCUGGUGAGUCCGGGCGCGGGGAACGGCCUGCGGGCCAGGCGGGCCAUGGCCAGCACCGGCAGCCCCCUGUAUGAUGCUGUUCCAAUCCAGUCAAGCGUGGUGUUAUGCUCCUGUUCAUCCCCUUCAAUGGUGAGGAACCAAGCAGAUUCCAGCACUCCACCUGUCAUUUCCACUUGUGGCAGCAGCAGACACGCAUCUAACAUGGAGGGCACAGCACCCGAAUCAAGAUCUAAUUCAAACUCCUUGCAGCAACAUACAGGACAGCAGCCUCCACAGCCUCGAAAGAAACGACCUGAUGACUUCAAAUUUGGGAAAAUUCUUGGUGAAGGAUCUUUUUCAACGGUUGUCUUGGCUCGAGAAUUGGCAAGUUCUAGAGAAUAUGCCAUUAAAAUUCUAGAAAAACGUCAUAUCAUAAAAGAAAACAAGGUACCAUAUGUGACACGAGAGAGAGAUGUAAUGUCCCGUCUGGAUCACCCUUUUUUUGUGAAACUCUACUUCACCUUUCAGGAUGAUGAAAAGCUAUAUUUUGGACUUAGCUAUGCCAAAAACGGAGAGCUGCUAAAGUAUAUACGCAAAAUUGGCUCAUUUGAUGAGACCUGUACAAGGUUUUAUACUGCUGAAAUUGUAUCAGCCCUGGAGUAUUUGCAUGGCAAAGGAAUCAUUCACAGGGACCUUAAGCCAGAGAACAUCUUAUUAAAUGAAGAUAUGCACAUUCAAAUAACAGACUUCGGAACAGCAAAAGUAUUAUCUGCAGAUAGCAGACAAGCACGGGCAAACUCAUUUGUAGGGACAGCACAGUAUGUUUCUCCAGAACUGCUGACAGAGAAAUCUGCCUGUAAAAGCUCUGACCUCUGGGCUCUGGGAUGCAUUAUAUAUCAACUUGUAGCUGGAUUGCCUCCAUUUAGAGCUGGAAAUGAAUAUCUUAUAUUCCAGAAGAUAAUAAAGUUGGAAUAUGACUUCCCAGAAAAAUUUUUUCCCAAGGCAAAAGACCUUGUGGAAAAACUGUUGGUUCUAGAUGCUACCAACCGAUUAGGUUGUGAAGAAAUGGGAGGAUAUGGACCUCUUAAGGCUCACCCCUUCUUUGAAUCCAUUGUGUGGGAGAACCUACAUCUUCAGACACCCCCUAAACUUACAGCAUAUUUACCUGCUAUGUCAGAGGAUGAUGAAGACUGUUAUGGAAAUUAUGACAAUCUCCUGAGUCAGUUCGGUUGCAUGCAAGUUUCUAGUUCUGCCUCUUCCCAUUCACUGUCUGCUGCAGAGACAAGUACACCACAGACAUCAGGAGGAAAUAUUGAACAGUAUAUUCAUGAUCUUGACAACAAUUCCUUUGAGCUGGAUUUACAGUUUUCUGAAGACGAAAAGAGGUUACUUCUGGCAAAACAAGCUGGUGGAAAUCCUUGGCAUCAGUUUGUAGAAAAUAACUUAAUCCUAAAAAUGGGUCCAGUGGACAAAAGAAAGGGAUUGUUUGCACGUCGGCGCCAAUUGCUGCUUACGGAAGGGCCCCACCUGUAUUAUGUGGAUCCUGUCAACAAAGUUCUAAAAGGAGAAAUUCCAUGGUCUUUAGAGUUGCGUCCAGAAGCCAAGAAUUUUAAGACAUUUUUUGUUCACACGCCAAACAGGACAUAUUACCUGAUGGACCCAAGUGGGAAUGCUCAUAAAUGGUGCAAAAAGAUACAUGAAGUUUGGCGGCACAGAUACCACCAGAAUGCUGCAAAAUAGUAAAGCUCAUCCAAAAUUUCCCAGUUUCCCUACUUGCUGCUAGAACUCCGUGUGCAGCCGAUCAGAGGAAUCUUUUCAACCCACCUAUUACCAUCUCAAGGGGAAGCAUACGUCUGAAAUGUUCUUGGUUUUGGGGGGUUUUUUGGUUUUUUUUUUUGUUUGGUUUGGUUUUUUUUUGUUUGGUUUUUUUUUUGUUUUGUUUUGUUUUUGGUUGUUGUU